AUGGUGUUGAUCGACAAGCACGAGUACCUCACCGAGGAGGAGAAGCGUCUGAAGGAAGAUCGAGAGCGCACUCGUUACUGGAAGCGAUGGGGCCCCUAUGUGGCCGAGAGACAAUGGGCCACGGUACGCGAGGAUUAUUCUGAGGAUGGGGACGCUUGGAGCUACUUCUCGCACGACCAUGCGCGGUCGCGGACCUUCCGUUGGGGUGAAGAUGGCAUCGCCGGUGUAUCGGACACCCACGGCGUCCAGAAUAUCGCCUUUGCCUUUUGGAACGAGAAAGAGCAAGAGCGUCUGUUUGGAUUGUCUAACCCGCAAGGAAACCACGGCGAGAGUAUAAAAGAGGCACAUUUUCACGUUGAUAAUACCCCGACGCAUUCCUACAUGAAGUUCCUCUACAAAUACCCUCAGCAGAAGUUCCCUUACCAGGAUUUGAUCGACGAGAAUGCCCGGCGGUCGCGCCAGGAGCGUGAGUAUCAGAUACUCGAUACUGGAAUCUUUGACGACAAUCGUUACUGGGAUAUUUUUAUUGAGAUGGCCAAAGAGGGGGAUGAUGAAGAAGAGCUCAUUUUUCGAGUGAUUGCUUACAAUCGCGGGCCGGAGCCAGCUCCGUUGCAUAUUAUCCCCCAUGUCUGGUUCCGAAACACCUGGUCAUGGGGCUACGAGAAGGAGAACGUCAAACCAUCAAUCAAACAAGAAGAUUCCCGGAUAGCAAAAUCGACGCAUCGCAAGCUUGGCGAGCGAUACGCUUGCUUUGCCCCAUCCCCUCCAGUGGGAUCCAGUGACGAAGAUAUUCAGCCUCAAAUGCUUUUCACCGAGAAUGAGACUAACAAUAAGAAGCUCUGGGGGACUGAUAAUGAGCAACCUUACGUCAAGGAUGCCUUCCAUAGGCACAUUGUUGACGACGAGAAGGACGCGAUCAACCCUGCCAACGAAGGAACCAAGUUGGGUGCCUGGUAUGCCUUUAAUGAAGGUGAGGGUGUUCCUCCCGGCGAAUGUGCUGUCGUUCGUUUCCGAUUCUCUCGAAAGAAGGCAGAGUUUGUGGACGAGGAGGAACUUGAUGAUGUGAUUGAGCAACGCCGUGCUGAGGCCGAUGACUUUUACAAUCGCAUCAGCCCGCUCCCCAUGAGCGAUGAUCUACGAAACAUUCAAAGACAGGCUUUCUCAGGCAUGAUGUGGUGCAAGCAAUACUACAACUUCAUCUGGGACCAAUGGAGUAACGGUGAUCCAGCCGAGAUUCCACCUCCGGCGGGACGGAAGGGCAUUCGCAACGAGCAAUGGCGACACCUCUACAUUGAUGAUAUCCUCUCGAUGCCAGAUUCAUGGGAAUACCCGUUCUUCGCAGCAUGGGAUACCGCAUUCCACUGUAUCCCACUAGCAAUGAUCGACCCUGAUUUUGCAAAGAAGCAACUCGAUCUUCUGACCCGCGAAUGGUACAUGCACCCCAACGGCCAGCUUCCUGCGUAUGAGUGGAACUUUGGCGAUGUCAACCCACCUGUCCAUGCGUGGGCGGUAUUCCGUACGUUCAAAAUCGAGCGCAAGAUGUACGGCCGCCAGGAUCUGGACUUCCUCGAACGCGUUUUCCAGAAACUACUUCUUAACUUCACCUGGUGGGUGAACCGCAAAGACUCUGACGGAAAAAACGUUUUUGAGGGCGGUUUCCUGGGCCUGGAUAACAUCGGUCUGUUUAAUCGCUCCGAGCCUUUGCCCACAGGCGGUGUUCUCGAGCAGGCAGAUAGUACAGGCUGGAUGGCCUUCUAUUGUUUGACCAUGCUCAACAUCGCUUUGGAACUGGCCAAGCACCGGCGCACAUAUGAAGAUAUCGCAUCCAAGUUCUUUGAGCACUUCAUUCUCAUCAGCGAUGCAAUGACUUUUCGGUCGGGCGAGGACAGUAUCCAGUCAUUGUGGAAUGAGGAAGACAACUUCUACUACGAUGCCAUCUCCUAUGGCGGACCAUGGACUCAGCAGCUGCCUAUCCGAUCCCUGGUCGGACUGAUUCCUCUCUAUGCCGUACUUACUCUAGAACCGGAGAUCAUCAAGAAGUUCCCCUCGUUCAAGCGACGGCUGGACUGGUUUAUUGAGAAUAAGCAAGAUGUUGCCGAGCGUAACAUCGCCAGUAUGAAACGACGAGGCAGAGACGAUCGACUCCUCCUGUCCCUCGUUAGCAAAGAUCGUCUAGAGAAGAUUCUGAGACGCAUGCUAGACGAAACCGAGUUCCUCGCCCAGCACGGUAUUCGGUCCAUGUCCAAGUACCAUGAAGAGAACCCAUAUUCCAUGGAGGUUAACGGCCAGACAUUUAAGGUCGGAUAUGUUCCCGGGGACUCGGAUAGUGCCCUCUUUGGUGGUAACAGUAACUGGCGAGGCCCGAUCUGGCUGUGUGUCAACUUCUUGCUCGUCGAGUCUUUGCUCCGCUUCUACAUGUUCUAUGGGGACUCAUUCCAAGUGGAAUGUCCAACUGGGUCGGGCGAUUACAUGCACCUUGGACAUGUUGCCGAGGAACUGCAACAUCGUAUGCAGCAUUUGUUCGCACGAAAUGAUGACGGUCGUCGUGCCAUUAACGGCAAAUCCGACCUGCUCGAUUUCGAUGAGCAUUGGAAGGAUUAUCUGUGGUUCAAUGAAUUCUUCGAUGGCGACACUGGUCGCGGCUUGGGCACAUCACAUCAGUGUGGCUGGACGGGAUUGAUCGCAAAGAUCAUCCACGAUACAGGCAUCAACUGCCGUCUCCCGCAAACUCCCCGUUCCCCCUUUGCCGCUGCUUCCCAUUACUUCGAUGAUAUUUUCUCUCGUUCUGGACGUCGCUCGCAGUCCGGUCGUCCGUCCGUUCGCCGGUCGUCCACCACCCGCUCAAUUGGAAACCGGAGUGACUUCAACUCCACUGUUGCCGGUGACGCAACACCAGCUGCGUCGACUGUUCUGGAUGAUGACGAAAUCCGAAGUCCCAUCAGCCGCCGCGAUAGCAGCGCCGCUCUUACCACGAAUGGAGAUGGAGAUGAACACUUGCACCAUUACGUUGAGAGCCAAUUGCAGCGCGUGCGUAGCUCAGCUUCGAUUGCCGAGGGAUAUGAAGAUGAGCUUGAGACUCAAGCAGACAAGCAGAAUGGGCAUUCCUAA